AUGUCCAGGAUUAGGACAUGGCGGCAAUCUAAAUGCGGAGUCAUUUCGACGAUGACUUUGCUCGGAACUGUCUUUGUUGCGGGAAGAGUGUACAGCAGAGUCAUUUCGAUGGGCAAGAUCUAUCUUGACGACUACAUCACUCUGUUUUCCAUUUGUCUAUGCAUUAUCUACGUCGGCCUUGCUGGCGCCGCCAUCUCCCAUGGCGGCGGCAGACAUUUGGACACGCUGAGCCAGGAGGACGUCAAAAAGGCCCUGUAUUACACCGUUAUUUCCUUCGUUCCUGGCGUGUCAUCCUUCACGAUCUCCAAGUUUGCCGUCGUCGUUUUGCUGCGCAAACUGCUGAACCCGGGGCGCGCCCACCGCAUUGUCAUGUGGAUCGUCUCGAUCAUCUACGGCCUCCUCGCCUUCGGUAUGCUCGUCAUCAACUUCGCCCAGUGCACCCCGGCCCGCGCCCAGUGGCUGGAGGCUGAUGGGAAAUGCUGGGACCGGCAAAUCACCGUCGACUAUGCCAUGGCGCUGGGAAUCUAUUCCGUUCUUUUCGACUUUUACCUCGCCAUAUAUCCCACUGUCGUUCUGUUCCAACUGCAGCUCAACUGGAGGAAGAAGCUGGCUCUUUCCUCCUCGUUGGGUUUCGGAUAUUGCGCUGGUGUCAUCACUUGUUACAAGUGCUACACGCUGAGUGGCCUCCUGGAGGUCAAAGACUUUACAUACACGGUCGACGAUGUGGUUCUUUGGACAAACAUUGAAGCCAACUGUGUCAUCAUCGGCGCCUGCAUCCCCUGCCUUUACCCUCUGAUCCGGAAGGUGUUUGGCAAGUCUGCUCUCGGAAGCUCCGCCCGGCCGACGGGCAACUCUAAGUCAGCCGGCCUCCGCGGAGGGAGCACCGGACCGAGCAACACUGUCAUUACCAUCGGGUCUUAUGCAAAGAACAAGGGCCGCAAGCGUGGCAAGUCGGGGUCGCACAUGGCCUCCAACCUCGACACCAUCAACGACCUGGAUGCCGACGGCAAGUACAUCAUCCUCGAGGAGCGGUCGUUCCACUACAGCACCACGGAGCUGACUGCACAGGACACCGUUGCAGCAAAUUCCCAAGUGGCGCAAACGAAAGCAGCAAGGCAAGAAGGCUGGUAA